AAAGAGGCGUUUAGAGAGUGAGAAGGAGGAGAGGCAGGAAUAGGAUGAAGGAAGGGGAGGCUGAGCAGUAGAGAGGAAGAAGAGGCUCGCAGUCUCAAAACUGGAUAUUCUUACGUGCCUGCUGCCAACUGGUCCACCAAUGAGUAAACUCUCUGCUACCUGCUACGCGAAGGCACCCGGCGAGGUGAGUGGCGCUUCGGUACAACGGACUCAGCAGUGAUCUGACAGUGAUGCCGUGUAGCAGCCUUCCCCUCUGUCUGCGCCCCUCGUUCUCCCGUGAGGCCCAUGUGACCUAGCCUGCACCCGCACACAGGGGGCCCCCCAGUGCCGCUGGAGCCCACCCAUGAAUCCCAGCCCCGACCGCGGCAAAGAGUGCCUCCCUCCCAAGAAGAGGGAGUCUCGGCAAGGAUCGCUGGACCACCACAUCCCUCUGGACGAGUUUAAACCCCCUGUGCCGCUCCGGAGUCGGUCCAGCGGAGGAGGAGGAGGAGGAGAUGGAGGCAGGGAGGCCAGUGACAGGGACCGAGCUCUGAUUAACACGAACCUACAUCUCCUACAUACUCCUCAGCCCCUUCCUGCUCCAGCACCAGGCCUCCCCCUGCCCCUACCCUGGCACCUGGGCUACUCUCCCUCUGUCUCUCUCCCCCUUUUCCCCGGGCAGGUCGGCGAGAGGAGGGGCUCAGGGUCACCCGCCUGGAGAGAUGAUCCUCUCCCCUCAACCCUGCAACACCACUCCAGGUGGCUUAGAGGGGAAGUGCCUCUCUCCUUACCACCUUCCCCAUCUCCCUCCUCCACCUCCUCCUUCAAGACUCCCUUUCCGGCUGAUUCUCGAGAGAUAUGGUCCUACAUUAACAGCGGCCGGCGGGACAACAGCUCCUCUCUCCUCUCCCCAUCAUACUUGUUUAGCCACCACUCUCUCUACCCUCAAGAUCCAAGCUUUGUUGAGGCCAGACACAGAUACCUGGUCAAGAGGCCCAACGGCCUGGACGGGCCAGGCAGCAGGACUGCCCUGACCUCCAGGCAUCUACCCACAGUAGAUUAUGGGAACGACAGCAGCAGAACCAGGCUGGACAUCAGUCCACACAGCUCCCAUACCAACGGUGGACGGAGACAGCAGGAGGAUCCAACAUCCCAUGGCCAUUCUGGAGGGCCAUUUUUGCAAGACUCUCAAGCUCAGGAAGGCCCUGAGCCACAUUCCUCACUGCAGGACAGACAUUCGCAUGGGAUAGUUAAGACCAGCUUACACUCCACCAGUCCCCAUCCUCUCGGACCAGCCCCCAGGGCAGGUAGAGGGGGACUGUUGGACCCCCUCGGGGUCACACCGGCUGAAGCACAGAUCUACUACUCCUUGGGAUCGGUGUGCCACCCGAGCCCUCAGGUCCAGGCCUACCCGCUCUACAGCCCCUCAGGAACAGCUCUGUACAACCUGCACAGGGAGCCAGGACCCAGGCAGCACAAUCCAAGGAACUCACCGCACUCACCCCUGGGUCUACCUAACAGCCAUGACAGGUCGCAGAGAGACCGGGACAGAGACCAAGAAAGAGAAAGAGAAAGAGAAAAAAUCAGAAGUAAAGAGAAAGAGAGGCAUCUACAACACGACAAAGACCAAGAAAGAGACAGUGAGCGCGAGAGACGACGGGACAGAGACAGAGACCGAGGGAGGGAGCUAUCUCCUUCUCAUCCUCAAGCCUCACCCCCGACCCUUCACUCAUCUCCCCCCGCGCUCCUACCUCACUUCACCAAGGGAUCUCUGAUCGAGUUGGCCAGCGGUCGAUUGAAGCGGGUGGAGGAGCUGCGGACCGAGGACUUCCUGAGGAGCGCAGAUACCUCCCCAGAGUUCCACCUCAGCACCUGCACCGUGCUGCUGAUUUCCCGCAGUGCACAAGGCUUCACCCACCUGCAGGUCCACCUUACAGACCGAAACACUCAGGAGUUACUGAAGGUGUUGGUGGAGUAUCCGUUCUUCGUGCAGGACCGAGGCUGGUCUUCUUGCUGUCCGCAGAGAACCGCCCAGCUGUACGGCCUGCCCUGCCGCCAGCUGAUGGAGGGGGAUGUCUGCCUGGCUCUCACCCCCACCCCCACCACCACCACCACCCAAACCCACCGGACACACACGCGUACUGGCUCCAGGGCCCAUCGCACGCAUCUCCUCCCCUCCAGGGCAUCAGGAGAACCCAGCAACUCGCAUAGGGAGGAGAUGCCACCUCCACCUCCUCCUCCCCCUCUUCCUCACCACCACCCUGCUCCUACUGUGCCGGCUCCUCCGCGUGCUCCGGCUGUAGAGCCCCCCACCCGGGAGCAGCCGCGUCCACGCAAACGGCGCUGGUCUGCCCCGGAUACCCUUCCCUCAACUGGAACUGAUUUACCUCAUGGCUCCAAGCUAAUGAAGUGGCAGUAGAAUCUUGGGAAUGCAUACGUGUACAUGCAUACUUACACACACACACACACACACACACACACACACACACACACACACACACACAGAUAAGCACAUACACACCCUCCUCGUCUCUGUUGCACCCACCAAGACAAACAAUGGAGAGACCUCAAGGUAGGGUUGCAGGGAAGGAACGACAAAAACAAUAGAAAACACAAUUUACGGGUGUCCACACUGCUGCCCCAAAUAUUAUCCUAUCCCAUCCUAGUCUGGCCCUAGUUGUAUCCUCCUUUCCUUUCCUUUCCUUUCCCUUCCUUUUCCCUUCCUUUUCCUUUCCUCAACCUUACUUAGAACAGCCCCGAGAGGAGCAGCAGCUGAAGGAUCUCUGGAUGGCUCCUUUACAGACACUCUGAAGACAUUUAGUGAGACAAUCAAGCACUUGUCUGUGGUCACUCUGUUUUUGUAAUGGCUGUCCCACCCACAUACUUACUGACAGUGUUUUCUGCAGGGUAUCGAUUUUCAAUCAGUGUUAUGAAAGUAAACGCUAUUGAAGAAGCGCAGAUAUAUAUGAACAAGAGUUGACUAUAUAUAUUACAUUACAGAUGUUAUAUACAGUAAAUAUGCUAAACAGAUUUAAUGCAAUCUCUCUGUCAAUUUCGCAAUGCAUUUCUUUUUUUAUUUUUCUUGCUUCUGAGCCGAUGUCUAACUGUCGGCCUGGGCAUGCAAGGUGAAUGUAUGAGCAACUCUUCGCCUUUUUUUUAAUUCUCAUCACUGGGAGUCAUUUCAAACAAUUGAUUGUUCGUCAAGGCAUUACCCUCCAAUAUGUUCUUAACAUUAUCUCUGAGAAAGGGAGAACACUAAUGAAAACUGCGUAACAGACAAUCCCCCACCCACACAGACAGGUCUGUGCCACAUCGCCUCGACACUCAUGGUGUUUUUCCAUUAAAAAAUGAUUGAUGGAAAGAGUAGAAAGUGCAGUAUGGCUGAGGAGUAAUGGUGCUAAUAACACGUUGGAACAUGAUGCUUUGUGAAUACUCUUGACCCCCGUGUACUGCACGCUUCUGUUCCCAUCUCAUUUUUUACGUACUGUAUUUGUUUGAAGGCAGGGAAAACGAUGAAAGUAUUUUAAACUCAGAUACGGGUAUCUCCUCUGAUUCAGCACACAAUCUCACUUUAGUUUUUGUGUUUGUUUUUUUUGUAUUUUAUUUUCAAAAAGAAAACCUUACCUGUUGAUUUUUCUUUUUAAAUGUUAUAGCUACAAAAAUGUAUAUUUUUAAAAAUUGUGAAUCUGUUAUGAUGUUCGCUAGAAA